ACGAAAUUGGAAAAGAAGAAACAAAAGAACGAGGAGAAAAACAAAAUAAAUAAAUACAAAAUGGGCUAUUAGCUUGAACCAAGAAACCGGCCAGUCGGACCGUUUUGUAGAAGGGUUGGACCUGGUUUUUAUAUAUAUUUUUUUCCAGAUUUAAACCUUAUUAAUUUUUAUAAUAUUUACGAUACAUUCUGGUUCUUACGGGUCAGGUCCGGUUCUGAAAACAUUGCUGAUUGCUGUAAACGUGCCGCAUGCAAUAGCUGACCGUAUUAGCCCUAAUUCAGAUCUCCUCACGAUCACCAUGAGUUUUUAAAUCUUGUAUACACAAAAAAAAUGGCCUCCAAGAUCAUGGCAUCCACCGUCCGCCAAACCCUACCACACAUCCGCCCUCUCUCCACCGCCGCCGGAAUCUCAAUCAAAGGCGUCAAAAUCUCCGGCAGACCACUCUACCUUGACAUGCAAGCAACCUCCCCUGUUGACCCCAGAGUCCUCGACGCCAUGCUCCCAUAUUUCAUCUCCCAAUACGGUAACCCUCACUCUCGCACUCACCUUUACGGCUGGGAAUCCGACCAAGCCGUGGAAGCCGCACGCGCACAGGUCGCGAGUCUCAUCCACGCGUCACCCAAAGAAAUCAUCUUCACUUCCGGUGCAACCGAAUCUAACAAUCUUUCCGUUAAAGGUGUCAUGCGUUUUUAUAACGAAAACAAGAAACACGUGAUAACAACACAAACGGAACAUAAAUGUGUUUUGGAUUCGUGUCGUCAUUUGCAGCAACAAGGGUUUGAUGUCACUUACCUUCCGGUGAAACCGGACGGUUUGAUCGAUUUAAACGAGCUUCGGAAUUCGAUCCGGAGCGAUACGGGUCUGGUUUCGGUUAUGGCGGUUAAUAACGAGAUUGGUGUGAUUCAACCUAUGGAGGAGAUUGGGGGAAUUUGCAUGGAGUUUGGUGUUCCGUUUCACACGGACGCCGCACAGGCGUUGGGGAAGAUUCGGGUUGAUGUGAAUAAGUGGAAUGUGAGUUUGAUGUCGUUGAGCGGGCAUAAGGUGUACGGGCCGAAAGGCGUUGGGGCGUUGUAUAUGAGGCGCAGGCCGAGAAUACGGGUUGAGCCGCAGAUGAACGGUGGCGGGCAGGAACGAGGGGUUAGAAGCGGGACGGUGGCGACACCGUUGGUGGUGGGAAUGGGGGCUGCGUGUGAGAUUGCGAUGAAGGAGAUGGAGUAUGAUGCGAAGCGCGUUGUGAAGUUGAAAGAUAGGUUGUUGAAUGGGAUUACGGCGAGGGUUGAUGGCGUAAUGGUGAAUGGGAGUAUGGAGAGGCGGUAUGCGGGGAAUUUGAACUUGUCGUUUGCGUAUGUUGAAGGGGAGAGUUUGUUGAUGGGGUUGAAGGAGGUGGCUGUGUCGACUGGGAGUGCGUGUACUAGCGCUAGUUUGGAGCCGUCGUAUGUGUUGAGAGCGUUGGGUGUGGAUGAAGAUAUGGCGCAUACUUCGGUUAGGUUUGGGAUUGGGCGGUUUACCACUGAAGAAGAGGUAGAUAAAGUGGUUGAACUGACGGUUAAUCAAGUUGAGAAGUUGCGCGAAAUGAGCCCGCUUUAUGAAAUGGUGAAGGAAGGAAUCGACUACAAGAACGUGCAAUGGGCUCAACACUGAUUCAGUAAUUUUUCAUUUUUGUUAUUUCCGGAUGAUUUGACUUGAAUUUCUACGUAAAUCGUGUAUUCACUAUUUGGCGGUACUACCAAUGAUUAAUCAGAUUAGAUGUG